UUUCUUUUUUCUUUUCUUCGUAAUUUUUCAUUAGGGCCAAUUAAAACAGUUUAAAAAAAAUUCUUCUCAGAACAGAUCAUUAUAGGAUCGUCCAAUUUUAAUCGAAUGUGUCAAGUAAUGUCCUUAUUGCGUAUACUGUCUCGUCUUUCUGACGCUUUCGUAGGAACAAAGCGACGGGAUAAAAGAACUUUAUUAUACAAAGCUGCAUGUGUGGAAAGAUCGGCCGUUUCACUUUGGACAGUUUUACUUUGGCUUGAUCUCUCUCUCUCCCUCUCUCUCUCUCUCUCUCUCUCUCUCUCUCUCUCUUUCGCGCGCGCGCGCGCGCGCGCGUACACUCGGAAGAGAGAAUUUAUCGACCCGCGGUGCGUCCUGGAUUGCGCCGUCGCGCGACCAUCGUACGUCCUAUCGCUAUUCGAUUUCAAAGAAAAUUUAAUCCAGGCAUUCGCCGUUGCUCGAGCGUCGUCGAUCCUCGAGGAAGGUGCCAAAAAAAGUGAUAUCUACGCGGAUUUAUUCGUUCGUUCGUUCGUUCGUUCGUUCGUUCGUUCGUUCGCUCUAUCCGCUUAUUAUUGAUUCUCUUCGAAAUUUUAUUUGUUGUUUUUUUUUGUUUCUCUUGUUUUUUUUUGGCAAUGGUCAAAUGGCAACGCGAAGGAGAAAAGAUUUUUUCUCGUCGAUAGCAUCAUCGGGAUUUGUCUCUCGCGAAAGUGCCCUCGCUAUUUCGGAAGCAGUGAUGAUCUAAGGAGAAAAAGGGAAAAGAAAAAAUUGCAUCGCUCGAGAACUCGUCGCAUGCAAAGUCUUCUCGAGAGUCCUCUCGAAGCCAUACAUCUUGCUUUAUCGGUUUUUUUCUGUGUAUAUGAUACACAUAUACGAAUGCAUAUGUACAGGACGACGUUAUAGAAACACUAGCCCCGUUAAAAUUCGCAUAUAUGCAUACAGGACUGUCAAGAAAAAGGGAUUUAGAAAUUGAAGAACAGAUCGACAUCGGCCAAAAACGAUAUGACAAAUUUUUAUUUUUUCUUUUAUCGUCUAUGAGCCAAACAAAAAACAAGGACCUUUGUAGGCGCAACCCUUUUCAUUUUGCGAAAUAAGUAAAAAUCCUUCGUGUCGCGCAUAUAGGUAUAGGUAAACAUAGAAAAGAAAGAAAAAAAGAAAACAAAUAAAUAAAAAAAGGAAAAAUGCCAUCUAUCGCACAUACGUGUGUCGAGUCGAGCUCGCGAAGAAUCGGAAGUGGCACCUUGAGAGAGAGAGAGAGAGAGAGAGAGAGAGAGAAAUAAUAAUCGAGGAGAAAGGAAACGACGACUUUAACGAUCGAUCGUUGAAAAUUUGGCUUUUAUGGUGAUACGACCGGAGUUUCGAGCGUAAAAAAGAAAAAGAAGACAGGAAAAAGAUAAAAAGCGAAGAAAAAUAUUUUUUAAAAGCGCUUUAACAGACCGACAGGAAUUUAGAAAUAUUAUACUCGAUCGAUUUUCUCUGCCGUCCGUUUUCACAUUUUUUCAAUCUUGAAAGGACAUCGAGAUCGAUUCGAUGAACGAAAGAGAAUUCGCGGAUUGUCCUUGGUUCCUCCUAUCCAAGCAUUUUACCCCGUCUUCCUCGUCGAAUCCUCCGAAGCUUCCUUACGUAAGAGGCCGUAUCCUCUUCUUUCAAUUCCAAUUAAUCGACCGAGAAGAGGAAGGCGAAAAAAUCCUAUUCGCUCUCUCGCCUCCCUUUAACAAAAUUCAUUCAUGUUGUUCGUGAAAACGUCCUGCGUUUUUUCCUCCGUUCCUUCCUUCCUUCCUUCCUUCCUUCCUUCCUUCACGUUCGCGAGGUCCAGUUGGAACGCGCAAUUUAAAAGAAAGAAGGAGAAGGAAGGAGAAACAGCCGCUUUCUCCUUUCGCUUCCUUUCUUCUUCCUCCUCUCCUUUCUCUUUUUGUACGGCCCAUCCUUCUCCCCCAAUCUCAAUCCACCUUCGUCUUAUCGAUCGACUUCGUUCUGCGAUAGGCCCGCCGAUAAAAAUCGGAGAAAAGAACAAAGAAGAUCGCCGAGUGAAGCAGUAAGAGGAUUGCGACCAGCUUCGGGUAUCCGCAGUCGAAGAUCAAGGCCUGCGCGCUAUGCACGAACACUAAAAAGAAUUGGAUCUGAAAAUGAAGAGGAGAUAUCGCCAAUUAGGACUAUCAGAAAUAAAACUAUUCUCGGUGAGCUAACGCUAAUUCUCCAAAUGAAUAUCACCGGCGUACCACCGAUCGACAAAAUGGCCAACAUCUAUGACAAUUCGUUGGUCCGAUUCUGGCACUUUAUUUUUCACGAUCUCUCGGAUCCCCGAACACGGAAUUGGUUCCUCGUGUCUUCACCGGUGCCAGGCAUCAGUAUCCUUAUCGGUUACCACUAUUUCAUCCAUUCCUGGGGUCCUAAGUACAUGGAACAUAGGAAACCGUUCCAAAUGAAGAACAUUCUAGUCAUGUAUAAUCUCAUACAGGUCUUACUCAGCACUUGGAUCUUUAUCGAAGGACUCAACUCUGCCUGGUUAACGAAAUACAGCUUCAAAUGCGAGCCCGUAGAUUUUUCGGAAUCACCGGAUGCCCUCAGAAUCGCACGAACCGUUCACAUUUAUUUUCUCGCUAAACUGACGGAGCUUCUCGACACGGUCUUUUUCGUUUUACGAAAAAAGGAGAAGCAAGUUACGUUCCUCCACGUCUAUCAUCACACCGUGAUGCCUAUGGUCGCUUGGGGUGCAACGAAAUAUUAUCCUGGAGGUCAUGGUACCUUCAUAGGUCUCAUCAAUAGCUUCGUCCACAUCGUGAUGUACACGUACUAUUUGCUAGCCGCAUUAUUGCCUCAAUAUCAAAAGUAUUUAUGGUGGAAGAAGUACAUAACGACGUUGCAAAUGGGACAAUUCUGCCUGGCGUUCUUGCACAAUUCCCAGUUACUCCUAUACGACUGCGGUUACCCAAGGUGGUCCGUCAUUUUAACCCUUCCAAAUGCAAUAUUCUUCUAUUUCCUUUUCUCGGACUUUUACAAGAUGGCCUAUGAGCCCGAUCGAAAGAAGAAAAGUGCGACGACGGUGAACGGUAAGAUCGAGUCCAACGGUACAGCGAGAAAAAGGAAUUGCAACGAUUUCGAAGAUACGUCGAACGUUUCUUCCAUUAGGAAGAUAAAAGGAAAGGAGAAUUAAUAAUUCGUCGGAUAUUUCUUACGAUAUUUCUUACGUUAUAGGGUAUUACUAUGAAAUUUCAUAAAAUAGAAAAAAGGAAAAAAAAAAAAAAGAAAAGAAAACAAAUAGUAAGAAGAAAAAAAGAAAGAGAAAACAGCCGAGGGAAAAAGGAAGCUCUCAUUUCUUCCUGCCAAAUCGAAUUUCUUCGAAUCGAAAUGGAUUCAUUAAGGAUUAUUCAUUUUUACGCGGUCAAUCGUUUUCGAAUCGAUACGAACGAUUAAUAAACGAGAGACAAACAUUCUGCUCGGUUGACGUUAACGACCCAUUAACUUUUCAUGAUCGCGAAGAUAGAUUCCUUGUUACGAAAAAGAAUUUUUCCAACUUCUUCCUUUACUCCAAGUAUAUGCAGACGAUAUAUGUAUAUACAUAUAUAUAUAUAUAUAUAUACAUCUCCUUCGAUACAAUGUUAUCGACGGCUGCCAGAGAGAGAGAGAGAGAAAACGAUCGAGAGUAGGAAUAGAUCGGCAAUUGAUAUUUCUAAAAGCGUACGAUCGCGUAUCACACGUUAUAGAUUAAAGUUUUCUCAUGUGCCAUAACAAUCAAUGUUAAUGAAUCGUCGAAGUUCUCUUUCCAUCGUUCUCUCUUGCAUCUCGUUUCUUUUGCAUCGCGAAACGCGCUUCGUUCAAACUUUAGACUUUAUAUUCAACGAUAUAAGGAACGCGUUAGAGAUCCAAUCAUAGGCACCUUAUAUCGAUAUUAACGAAGCUCCAGAAUUAAUAUCUAUGUGCGAGAAAAUAAACACGGCUUUUGCUGAUAGAAACUUUCCCCGUCUCGCCUUCUUACGUCAUAUCCGUUUUUUUCUUCCUUUUCAUUUUUUUUUUUUUUUUCUUACUACGACGUAA